UUGCGGGAGUGGAAUUAAACGCAUUUUUCACGUCUUUUUCUCCUUUUCCUGCGUGUUCGUUUCUUUUUCUCCGAACCAGACCGUGAGUCAAAUGUCGGGGGCUAAAAGGAGGAGUAAAAGAAGAAGAAGGAGAAGUGUAGCGGGGCUCUCCAUCAGCUCCUCUCGGCUCCCCCUCGCUGCGCUCACCGCCCGGAGAUGAAGAGCUGCGGAUGAGUUUUCUUCACUUUUGGCCAUGGCUGCCCAUCGAAUCAUCCGAGUAACCAACAACAACCACAUCCUUCCCCGCUGCAAGUCUGAGGGGACGCUCAUCGACCUGAGCGAAGGGGUCACCGGAGCCAGCCUCAACGACGUCAAAGUGCCUUCUCCCAGUGCCUUAAGGCUGGACACGUCAUCCUCCUAUGGAGCCGCACAGGAAGUGGUUGCCAUCAAGGAUUAUUGCCCGAGCAGCUUCACCACGCUGAAGUUCUCCAAAGGCGACCGCCUCUACGUUUUGGACACGUCGGGGGGCGAGUGGUGGUACGCCCACAACAACACGGAGAUGGGAUACAUCCCGGCCGCCUACGUUCAGCCCGUCAACUUCAGGAACUCUUCCUUCAGCGACAGCGGGAUGAUCGACAGCCUCGGGGAGGGAUACGACGACGGGUCCAAGGAGUUUGGUGGUCUCGGGGAGUGGAAGUUGUCCCCGGUCUACAACAAUGCUCCCUAUUCCAUGAACCCCUUCAUCUGCUCGUUGGAUCAGAACCACAAAGACGUCGGCGUGAGGAGCUCGGCAGAUCUCAUCCUCUUUGAUUCUCUGGCGUCACCCUCGAACUCCAACACGAGUAUACUUGGGAACAACGUCUUCAGCAGCGGACUUUUUAACAACCCCACCAGCCCCAGCCAAGAGGUUGAACCCAACCUGCACAGGGACAACCCGUUUUUCAGAAGUAAGCGCUCUCAUAGUCUGUCCGAGCUGUCCAUCCUGCAGGCGCAGUCCAACCCAACCUUACCUUCCUCUGGUUUCUUCACGGGCCUCAAGGCUCCCUCGCCGGAGCAGUUUCAGAGCAGGGAGGAUUUCAGAACUGCAUGGCUGAACCACAGGAAGCUGGCCAGGUCCUGCCACGACCUGGACUCCCUGGGUCAGAGUCCCGGGUGGGGUCAGACACAACCGGUGGAGACCAACAUCGUGUGCAGGCUGGACAGCAGCGGCGGGGUGGUCCAGCUUCCAGACACCAACAUCAACAUCCACAUCCCCGAGGGGCACGUCAGCCACGGAGACCACCAGCAAAUCUCCAUGAAAGCCUUACUGGACCCCCCGCUGGAGCUCAACGGCGACCACUGCUCCACCCUCAGCCCCGUGGUGGAGAUCAAGCUCAGCAACAUGGAGAUCAAGUCCUUCAUCACGCUGGAGAUGAAGGUGUCCGUCAGCGUGAAGAAAGAAAGCUGUCACAUCGCAGAGGUGCUUUGUGUUCGGAGCGACUGCAAAGAGGGGCCUUACACGCCGAUCCCCAACGCGUACGUUUACAAGGAUACAGUCCAGGUGCAGCUGGACAGCCUGGAGCCGUGCAUGUACGUGGCCGUAGUGGCUCAGGCGCAGUACAUAACCCGCAAUACCACCGUUUGGGACCACGUCCAGCGGAAGGUAACUCUGGGUGUGUAUGGACCCAAGCACAUUCACCCUUCCUUCAAGACAGUCGUGGCCAUGUUCGGGCACGACUGCGCGCCCAAAACGUUAUUGGUGAACGAGGUGGGUCGGCAGGCUGCGUCGUCGCCGCCGGUGGCCCUCCAGCUGUGGGGGAAACAUCAGUUCGUCUUGGGUUUCCCUCAGGACCUGCAGGUGGGAUUGUACUCCAACAUGUCCAACUAUCAGGUGAAAGCCAGCGAGGGCGCCGGCGUGAUUCGAGGAUUUCAGGUCAAGCUGGGGAAGAUCAGCAGGCUCCUCUACAUGAUCACUUCCCACAACCCGAGCAGCAUCGCAGACUUCACCCUGAGGGUCCAGGUCAAGGACGCCCUCGACUGUAUCCUCACCCAGUUCUGCGUCCAGACACCUCAACCACCGCCAAAGAGCGGCGCAAGGAUCACUGGCCAGAGGAGGUUUCUAAAAAAACGGGAGGUGGAUAAAAUUGUCCUCUCUCCGCUCGCCGUCACUUCUAAAUAUCCAAAGUUUCAGGAGCGCUGCAUCACCAGUCUGAAAUUUGGCAAGUUGAUCAAGACGGUGAUCAGGCAGCACAAGAGCACGUACCUGUUGGAGUACAAGAAAGGGGAUGUAAUCGCUUUGCUCAGCGAGGAGAAAAUCAAACUGCGAGGGCAGCUACGGACCAAAGAGUGGUACAUUGGAUACUAUCAGGGCAAGAUGGGGCUCGUCCACGCCAAGAACGUGUUGGUUCUGGGUAAAGUCAAGCCCAUUUACUGGUGUGGGCCGGACCUGACGACCACCAUGCUGCUGGAGCAGAUCCUCAAGCCUUGCAAGUUCCUCACCUACAUCUACGCCACCGUGAGGACGGUCUUGAUGGAGAACGUGGGAAGCUGGCGGGCGUUCGCCGACGCCCUCGGUUACGGGAAUUUGCCGCUCCACUUUUUUUGCCGGACAGAGCUGGACAACGAGCCGGAGAAGGUGGCGUCGGUUCUGGAGAAGCUGAAGGAGGAGUGUACCAACAUGGAGAACAAGGAGAGGAAGUCCUUCCAGAGAGAACUCAUGAUGGCGCUGCUGAAGAUGGACUGUCAGGGUCUGGUUGCCAGGUUGGUGCUGGACUUCGUGCUGCUGACCACGGCGGUGGAGGUGGCGUCCCGGUGGAGGGAACUGGCCGAGAAGCUGGCCCGAGUGUCCCGGCAGCAGAUGGAAGCGUACGAGGCUCCGCACCGAGACAAGAACGGCCUGCUGGACAACGAGUCCAUGUGGAAACCGGCCUACGACUUCCUGCUGACGUGGGCGGCGCACGUGGGCGACAGCUACCGGGACGUGAUCCAGGAGCUUCACCUGGGCCUGGACAAGAUGAGGAACCCCAUCACCAAGAGGUGGAAGCACCUGACGGGCACGCUCAUCCUGGUCAACUGCCUGGACACCCUCCGCGGCGCCGCCUUCUGCCCCACCGGAUACGGAGACUUUGCCGUUUGAGGGUUUUUAAGGCACUCGCACUGCUUCUGGUAUUAAAAGAAAACAAGGGCAGAUGGAUUAAAACGGCGAAGUCCGCAAAAUCCGGAGAUUUCAGGUCAUGAUCGAAACAGAGAAACCAAUGUGAAGCUGGACGUCCUCCUCUUUGUAUUUCCUUUUUAUACAUCCUACCCUUCUUUUCACUAUUUCGCCGUUUUGCUCCGACCAGUCGUCUGUCUCUGGAUUCUCUCUCUGCGGUUUUUGUUAAUGCCCCUUGCAGUGUGGCUUCAGCGAGUUUCCACUGGCAGAGCUUUCUUACCGCACCCUCAGGACGGCAUCACAGACCUCCACCGCCGCUUUCACACCGCCUGCGCAAAGCUGCUUCCACCUUUUCAACCGUCUCAACGUCCCUCCUUUUCUCAUAGUCUUCAGUGUCCCAGUCGAGAAAAAAACAGCAGAUACAUUCACACUUUUAGUGAUUAGUUUGCCAAAAAAAAAAAAAAAAAACAUUCAUUCAUUUACCA